CUGCGAGGCAUUUGUUUCAGAAAUUAGAGAGCAUUCGGUGUUGUCGAUCGUAGUAGUGUGUACGCGUUAAACUUGUUGAGUUAUAUUCUUUAAAAAAUUUGUUUCGAAUUUUUGUACAGCAGCUUGACUUUUUCAAAGCUGUUUACAUCUAUUUAAAUUAUACUUCGUUUAAAGUUAGAUACCUUUCAAAUACCUUUCAAAAUGCUUAAGACUGGUAUAUAAGUUUGCUUCUUCAGAAGGUACUGUUACUAUUGGCAGUACCUGCACAGUUUUUUUUUUUUCUACCCUGGUCCCUGGUGCAGAAAAGUUUCUUGCGGAAUUAAUAGACCUAAAACACCAUGGCAGAAGCUCAUUCGGCUGUGGCAUUUUCCUUCGCAAUAACUCACGAUGGCUGGGAUGUGAAUUUCGACCGUGAAGUCCUCUACCUAGUUUGGGAAUCGGGUGUUCGAUCAUGGAAGAAACGUCUUGCUCGUUUUAGGAACAAUGUACUGAAUGGCGUGUACCCAGGUCAUCUGCAGUCACUUUAUGUGCUGUGGACACUACUUGUAGCUGCCCAUUUCAGUAACUUCAACAUACCAUUUGGCUUAGUUGAUAAAAUGAUAACAAUAAUGCCAAGCAAUUCAACAUGGGCCCAGGUAGUAGCGUGCUUCUUAGUAGCGCUCACCAUGUGGUUUAUCGUUAUAUUUUUGAUGAGAUAUCUGCUGAAAUUACUGCUUAUGUACAAGGGUUGGAUGUAUGAGUCACGUGGUCCCGGUGCUAAAAUAUCGUUAAAGACCAAACUGUGGGUGAGCGUCGUGAAAGUACUAUCCGGAUGGAACAAACCAAAGUUGUACAGUUUUCAAGGCUCUUUGCCCAGACUCCCUCUGCCGGCUGUUGAAGAUACUAUGAAUAGGUACCUACUCAGUGUCCGACCAUUACUUGACGAUGACAAUUACAAAAGGGUGGAAAAAUUAGCUGUAGAAUUCAAAACAAAAAUUGCGGUUAAACUACAGAGAUAUCUGAUACUCAAAUCUUGGUGGUCUAGCAACUACGUAUCGGACUGGUGGGAGGAGUAUGUUUAUUUAAAAGGUCGCUCACCCCUGAUGGUCAAUUCCAAUUUCUAUGGAACAGAUGCUAUUUUAUUGAGACCUACACAGAUUCAAGCGGCCCGUGCGGGCGUCAUCAUCCACCUCUGCUUAAAGUUCCGUAGGCUUAUCGAUAGUCAAGAAUUGGAACCCAUAAUGCUACAAAACAUGGUUCCCCUGUGCUCCUGGCAAUACGAGCGCCUUUUCAACACGGUACGCGCGCCUGGCAUUGAAACCGAUAAACUUGUGCACUAUCAAGACUCCUCGCACAUCGUGGUUUAUCAUAAAGGCAAAUAUUUUAAGGUGUUGGUUUACUUGAGGGGUCGUCUGUUAAAACCGGCCGAAAUUCAAGUGCAAAUACAACAGAUACUGGACGAUAAAUCGGAGCCGGCGAUCGGUGAGGAGAAACUGGCCGCGCUAACCGCCGGAGAGCGAACGCAUUGGGCCCAAAUCCGACAGACUAUGUUCAAUCGCGGUCACAACCGUACAUCCCUGCAUUGCAUUGAGCGCGCUGCCUUCACGGUCAGCUUGGACGAUAUGGAAUAUGGCUACGACGAGACCGAUCCAAAGAAGCUGGAUGAGUUUGGUCACGUGCUACUGCACGGUAAAGGAUAUGAUCGUUGGUUCGACAAAUCCUUCAACUUAUGUUUUAGUACUAAUGGCUUCGUUGGAUUCAAUGCGGAACACAGUUGGGCUGAUGCGCCUGUUAUGGGUCAUCUUUGGGAAUACGUUAUUUGGUCUGAACUUGAAAUAGGGUACCAGCCGGAUGGCAACACCAAGGGCACUAUUGUUACUAAUCCGCCAGCGCCAAUACGUCUCCAGUGGGAGUUAAAUAAAGAAGAAAUACUGAGCGCCAUUGAUAUUUCGUAUAGCGUCGCUCAUAAACUCCUCAAUGAUGUAGACCUAAGGAUUCUGAUGUACACCAAAUAUGGAAAAGGUUUCAUGAAGAAAUGCCGUGUAUCUCCGGACGCAUUCAUUCAACUGAUUCUCCAACUGUCUUACUACCGCGACGCAAGCCGUUUCUGUCUCACGUAUGAGGCGUCUAUGACCAGAUUGUUCCGCGAAGGUCGCACGGAGACAGUAAGAUCCUGCACCAUUGAAAGCACCGAGUGGGUCCGCGCCAUGGAAAAUCCUAACAGUAGUAUCGAAGAGCGCAUGGCGUUAUUCAUAAAAGCCAGUAACAGACAUCAGCUCGGCUACCAAGACGCUAUGGCGGGUCGGGGCAUCGACCGCCACCUUUUCUGUUUGUAUGUCGUCGCUAAAUAUUUGGAACUCGAGUCGCCCUUCUUGCAGGAAGUCUUCAAUGAACCAUGGCGUCUGUCCACCAGCCAAACACCCUACGGUCAAACCAGCCUCCUGGAUCUGAAAAAGUAUCCUAAAUGUGUAAGCGCGGGUGGUGGGUUCGGUCCCGUCGCGGAUGACGGCUAUGGUGUCUCGUACAUCAUUGUCGGUGAAGAUACUAUAUUUUUCCACGUCUCAAGCAAGAAGAGCUGCCCAAUAACCAGUUCAACGAACUUCGUGAAGCAAAUCGAGAAAUCCCUUCACGACGUUCAAACAUUGUUUAAUGAUUACAACAAACUGAAGAAAACCAACAAACCGAUAACAGACUAAUUCAAAUAUGUCGCUUUGAUAACCAACCUUGUAUCAAUUUAAAUAUUUUUCACAUUUUAUCUAGAAUUCAUACAAAAACGAUCUCCACAGUGUUAUCCUAUUCUAAUCUUUUGAAAACUGAAAUAUUCUAAUCAAUUUCAAACUGAAAUAGUUCAACGAAAGGCAAGGAAGAUUUGUUCAGAAUCAUUAAUUCUCGACUACAUUUAUAGUGAUGUGUUGCAAUAGCAUUUUCAAAAACAGAAUUGAGCUAAUUAAAAUUUGGCGCUAAUAGUACAUGUUUAUUACCCAAUUUCCGAACAAUUUAUAUUACGUUAUACAAAUCUAUUUAAAUCUAUACAUAUAUGCUAUACAAAUCUAUUUAAAAUUAGUUUUCUUUUUUGCCUUUUCAUAUAUAUUUUUAAAUUAAUACAACAACACAAAAUAGAAGCGAGUAACUUAAAUUAAUA